AUGCCUCGUGUCACGCAGGUAUCGCGCUCAAAUAGCAGCAGGAGUACCAGCAGACAAGUUUCCGCUGGAUCCCUCGCUCAGUCGCCGUUCAAAUCACCAGUGAAGAUACCUCUAACAUUGAACGACGAUGCGCAGGAAAAGGCGCAACGACUCCAUUCACGCCAGGCCCUCCACGAGGCACAAAUUAACCAGCUCAAAGCUGCGGCUGCUACUCCGUCAAAGAGGACCGCCAGCAUCCGCCUCGAAGAGCUCGAAAAUGCAGCCUCCCCCGGAUCUAAGCCUGCGACUCCACGUCCUCGACCUGGAGGCAAGGAACUUGUCGGCGAGGAUGAGGAGCUGGUUGUUGGCGGCAGCGUCGUAACGCCGAUGAAGCGCGUCCCGAUCUUGGCCAACUUCGAGGAGUGGAUGAAGAUGGCGACAGACAACAAAAUCAACCAGGCGAACUCUUGGAACUUUGCCCUUAUCGACUACUUUCAUGACAUGUCGCUUCUGAAGGAAGGCGACGGUGUCAACUUUCAAAAAGCGAGUUGUACACUCGACGGCUGCGUCAAGAUUUACACCAGCAGAGUCGACAGCGUCGCCGAGGAGACAGGAAAACUUUUGAGCGGCCUUGCGGACAGUCGGGACAGCAAGAAGAAGAGGGCUGACGGUGAUGGAGAGGGCGAAGAUAGCGGGGCCGAGGACGAGGUUGAUGAGGAUGGUAAUGUCAUCAAAAAGCCCAAGAAGAAGUCUCGAUCCGCCGAGGCGACGCUAGCACCAUCAUUCUCUUCGAUUCAAUUGAAGAAGUUUGAGCUUGAAUUUGCUGUCGACCCCUUAUUCAAGAAGGCUUCGGCAGACUUCGACGAGGGCGGCGCCAAAGGCUUACUUCUCAAUCAUUUGAUGAUUGACACGCAGGGGCGCAUUGUCUUCGACAGCAGCGACGAAGCGAACGAUACUUCGGAGAUGCCCAAAUCUAGGCGCAGCGAGGUCAUGGACGAGGACCAGGACCUGGACGCCGAUGACACCGUGCAGCCAGAGGCCGCCCCCACUCCUACCCCUGAGGAGGAAGAUGUUGAGAUUGACAUUGGAGCGCUUGGGGCGCGGUUUUUCUCGGAUCUCUCCCGCCUCGACGAAUUCGACGUAUGCCCCUCUUUGAAGACCUUUGAUCUUGGCGACCCCUCGGGAACCAUGGACAUACCAUUCCUCAAGGCGGCCGAGGACUGGAGGCAGGAUCAGGACAAGGAAAAGACACCAGGCCCUGGCGACAAGUCGGGCAUGUUCAUCGAUGAGGACAACCCGCUAGGAUUUGACGACGACGACGGCCUCGGUGCCUUUGACCUGGGCGAGGUCAACAUCAAUUUCGGCGAAGGAGGUGAGGCUUGGGCAAAGGAGGCAGCGCUGGAGCCACAAAUGCGCGUUUUCGAUAUGGGCCUCGGCGAGGACGGCGUGGCGGGCGAUGCUGCCGACAUGGUCGAAAGCAUGGACGGGGACUAUGUCGUCUCUAUGUCCUAUGCACAGAAGGAAGGCAAGAUGCACGAAGACAUACUCGGCUACUUCGAUCAGGCUCUCCAGAAAAAUUGGACCAGUGCAGAACACUGGAGGAUCCGUAAGAUCAAAGACGUCAACAAGCCUGCAGCAGCGACAAGAUCGAGGAAGGAGAAAGAGGCAUUUGAAAUCGAUUUCUUGUCGCCGCUGGACCAAACCACCGCCGAGCUGAUAUACACACCUGCCUCGAGCAAUACGGUCAUUUCAAUGCCAAAGAAGGACUGGAAGUCCAAGUCAAGGAAUCUGAUCCCAGAUGACAAGCACUUCAACUCGAAGCAGUUGCUAUCGCUAUUCCUGAAGCCCAAAGCUCGCCUAGGAAGGCGGAGACAACUGGGUGGUGGUAACCGUGGCGCGUUUGGCAACGCAAACGAGCAUGCAGAUGUGCCGGAUGGUAACAUGGAUGAAGCAUUCUGGGCCUCACAAAAGGCACCUAUGCUGCAGUCCACAGAAAGGGACGAUGCCGCCCUGCCACAAGGGGACUAUGAUGCCAACUUCUUUGAUGACGGCCUGCCGUUCGCGGGCGGUGACGACGACGACGACGACAUGGACGAGUUUGCCGACGCUCGCGAGCACUUUUCACCCGGCGCCGACGGUGUAGAUGAUGGAGGCGCUACGGGAGCCUUUACAAACGCCUUUGGUGGCAUGACUAUUACCAAUCCUGCCGAUCUAGCCUUCGGAACCAUGUUGGUGACACAAAGCCGACGGGUCCGGCCCGAAUACGUGCAAUAUGCCCGUGUGGCCAAGAAGGUUGAUGUGAGAAGACUAAAGGAAGAGAUAUGGAAGGGUAUGGAUUUUGAGGCUCUCGACAAGGAGCCAAAGUCGAGGCUGCCGACGCCGCCCGUGGAGGGGGAUGAGGCCGAAGUUCCUGCGUCUGACAAGGACAGUGGCCCUCUGCUUAAGUUUACCGAAGUCAUGAACGACCUGCAAACAGUGUAUCCCAAAACAGUCAUGGAUGACAUCUCUACCAGCUACUGCUUCAUCUGCCUACUUCAUCUGGCCAACGAGAAAGGGCUCGUCAUCAGCAAAACGCCAGAACUUACCGAAUUGGAGAUCCGCAAGGAUUGGUCGGCUGAGAUUACUGAGGGUGGAGAAUAA